AGGGCGGUUGCCGGAAUGGGGUUGUGUCGGGAGGCGUGGCGCGCGCGAGUGAGUGGCAGAGCCGGGACGGGGAGCGAAGAGCUUUCCCGCCUUGAAUAACAACACUAGCUCAGAUUGGAAGCUGCCAAGAGGCUCACUGCAUCUCUUCUCCAAAAAAUUUCAAAUGGACAUAGGUGGCUCAAUGUCGCAGUUUCAGAACUCGUGGGAAUUAUACCAGCAGAGUAUACAAAAUGACCUGGAUAUUGAAAUGGAGACCAUGGCACCUUGCUCAGCAUUUCCGGAUCCAGCCAGUGACUUUGACAGGAACAUUCCACGUAUCUGUGGUGUUUGUGGAGACAAAGCUACUGGCUUUCAUUUUAAUGCUAUGACCUGCGAAGGCUGCAAAGGAUUUUUUAGGAGGAGCAUGAAAAGGAAAGCGAUGUUCACAUGUCCUUUCAAUGGCGAUUGUAAAAUCACCAAAGAUAACCGGCGACACUGUCAAGCCUGCCGGCUGAAGCGCUGCGUUGACAUAGGCAUGAUGAAAGAGUUUAUUCUGACAGAUGAAGAGGUUCAGAGGAAAAGAGAGAUGAUAAUGAAGAGGAAGGAAGAGGAAGCCCUGAAAGAGAGCCUAAAGCCCAAAUUGUUAGAGGAGCAACAGCGGACCAUCGAUAUCCUCCUGGAAGCCCACCGCAAGACCUAUGAUUCCACGUACUCUGAUUUCAACCAAUUCCGGCCUCCUGUGAGACUUGAUUCAGGCAGAAGAAGCACAAGCAGAUCUUCCUCUCUUAUGUCACAAGGCUUCUCUUCUUCAGAAGACUCUUCAGACACUUUCAGCUCUUCCCCAGAGCCCAGGAUGUUAUCGAGUGUGGAACUCAGUGAUGACAGCGAUGAAAGUGCAACCAUGUCCAUGGACUUCUCACACCUCUCUAUGCUGCCUCACGUGGCCGACCUUGUUAGCUACAGCAUCCAAAAAGUGAUUGGAUUUGCAAAAAUGAUUCCAGGGUUCAAAGAUCUAACAGCGGAGGACCAGAUUGCUCUACUGAAAUCCAGCGUCAUUGAAGUAAUUAUGCUCCGUUCAAAUCAGUCAUUUUCACUGGACGAUAUGUCCUGGACCUGUGGCAGCAAUGACUUCAAAUACAAAAUCAGCGAUGUCACUCAAGCUGGGCAUAGCCUGGACUUGCUUGAGCCCCUUGUUAAAUUUCAGAUCAACCUGAAGAAGCUGAACCUGCAUGAAGAAGAACAUGUUCUCCUCAUGGCCAUCUGCAUCCUUUCUCCUGACCGCCCUGGCGUUCAGGACACUGCUCUGGUGGAGUCCAUCCAAGAUCAUCUUUCAGCUAUCCUGCAGACAUACAUUCUCUGCCGACACCCUCCUCCGGGCAACCGCUUGCUCUAUCCCAAGAUGAUCCAGAAACUUGCAGACCUCCGGAGCCUGAACGAGGAGCAUUCCAAGCAAUAUCGCUGCCUCUCCUUUCUUCCGGAGCACAGCAUGCAGCUGACUCCGCUGGUCCUCGAAGUCUUUGGCAAUGAGAUCUCCUGACUCCGUGACUGGGAAUGAAACCUGUUGAAGUAAAGGGAGAAGUCAGCCCAGCUUCCCGCUGGUGGCAAACUGAGAGCUUUGGCCCAAGUUGAAGUUUUGUAUAUUCUGUCGGCAAGAGUUUUGAUUUUUUUUCCUUUCCACACUACCAGAGGGACUGCAUUGUUUGUAUAUCUUCAGCCUCAUAUUUUGCAUUGCUGCUGAGCAGCAAUUCGCAAGCUAGCCCCUUCUCUCCUGCCUAUCAAAACUAAAGAUCUUUCUCACUUGUUGCUUUGCCAUGAUGAAACCGCUUGUUGCUUUCUUCAAUGUUGAGCUUUUCAAGCCAGCAACUGAAAUGUCUGUGCUGUGUCUUAAAUGGAAGGUGAAUGGUUGAAUAACAGCGGGUGGAAUUUAAGAUUUGUGAUGGAUUGGACAUGGGAUAUUCUUUCUUUUAACACGCUGAGAGCUUUUGGUUCAGAAUGACUGUAACAUGCAGGGAAGAGUAACUGUUAUUCUUGGUGCAAAAUGUCAACUCCCCUCACCUCUCAUAAUUUUCUGCCAAACCUCAGAGCUCUUCAGUACUAGAAAAAGCAUUUAUUAACCUAAGAGUAAACAGGGAAAGCACAGGCUGUGUACACAUUAUCAGCUUAAACUGCAGCUAGGUUGCUCUUUUCCUUAAUUUGGAUCAAAGGUGAUUUGGGGAGAAAUACAUCAAAAUGCAGGAGAGAUGGAAGAGAGAUACGGAUUAAGAUAAUAUCGUAUGUACACCUCUUCCGAAACCAGUGGUGGGAGUGCAUUGGCUGCAGAGUAAAAUGGGGGGGGGCAUGUACACAGCCAGGUUUACAGGAAUAAAUAACCUGUGUCAUCUUUCUGACUUUUUUUAGUGUGUAUAAACAUGCCUGGCACAUUGUUGUCACUAAAUAAAUUUGUAACGGGAGGAAAAUUAUAUUUGACCUGUGACCUGGUGUAGACACUCUGGGAGUUGACUUCCUAAUAGCCAAGCCCCUGCUUGGAGCGCAGCAUUGUUUCCCAAGAAAUAAGCCUGCUAACAACUCAUGUCCUGUUUGCAGCGUUAGUUCUUACACUGUUUCAAGCACGGCCAGCUGCCAAGAGGAGUACAGAACUGGCUUCUCAUCAAGCCAGCAGGCUUGAGUUUGUUCAGGGUCGCUUUGGGUUACUUUGGAGUGGCAAGGGGAAAGCCCCGUUUAUCAAGAUAAGCCACAUGCAAAGUAGCACCAAAAAUAUUCCAGCCAUCACAUUGAGAAGUACUCUGCAGAGGUGAUUUUCAGAUGCUGGAGCCAUAAUCAGCCCUUAGUAACACUCAGGGAGGCUGAAAGUGACAUUUUGUGAGUUUGACAACUUCUGGACUACUGUAUAUGACCUCUGGAAAAACAAAGCACAUGUGAACUGUGUGCUGAAAAGGGAAGUAAUUCAUUGCCAAUAUUAAAAUAAUUUCUUUGCAGAGAACGUGCUUGGGAUAUUUAGUUGUAGCUUCAUUGGUCCCACAGAAUCCAAAGUAAGAUUGGAGGAUACAUAGCUAUUAAUUGCACAAAAGAGAAAUGUAAAAUUAACUGUCAACAACAGAGAGAGAGCAAAGAUGAAUAUAGAUGUUCUCUCCUAGACGCUUGAUAGAUAGUGGCCUAUUCAUCAAAUACGUACAAGCGUACUACUCUCUUCAAACACAUAGUGUACAUUCACCAAUGUGUUAUUGUAUUUGUGUGUGGUUUUUUUAUUACUGCAAUAGCUGCAAUUUGCACACUGUAUGCACAGCUACAGAUUGUCACUUAAAAUGUCUGGUGAGAUGACGAGAAUUCAGUUCCGUGAAUAAAGGAAGGUCACAUUGAA